AUGUCGUCUUCAGAAUCGCGCAAAAUCAAGCUCACCGUCAUUGCCGCGGAUGGCUUGUACAAGAGAGACCUUUUGCGGCUGCCAGACCCAUUUGCAGUAGUGACGGUCGAUGGCGAACAGACGCAUACGACUUCCGUCAUCAAGAAGACCGUCAACCCGUACUGGAACGAGCCCUUUGAAGUCACCGUCACGCCCUCCAGCAUCAUUGCCGUCCAGGUCUUUGACCAAAAGAAAUUCAAGAAGAAGGACCAAGGCUUCCUGGGCGUCAUCAACCUCCGCGUUGGCGAUGCCCUUGAUCUCUCCCUCUCUGGCGAUGAAAUGCUCACCCGCGACCUCAAAAAGUCAACAGACAACCUCGUCGUCCAGGGCAAGCUCAUUGUCAACCUCUCCACCACCAUCAGCAACGCACCAGCCCGCACAAACGGCGCUGCCGCCUCCGCCAGUCCUCAUGGGUCGAGUGCAGCACUCAACAACAUGGCCGGCAUGCAAGCCGCACUCCCCAACGGCGGUGCUAAUCCACCAGCGGCAUCUGCCGCAUCGGCCGCUAAUGGCGGGACAUACAGCUCAUUUGAAGAUCAUCUGGGUCGAUUGCCAACAGGAUGGGAACGACGAACGGACAAUUUGGGCCGAACGUACUAUGUGGAUCACAAUACGCGAACGACAACCUGGACGCGCCCUAGCUCCAGCCAGCCUGAGGCGGAACGCACAGCGCAAGCGAAUACAACAACGGAUAUUGAACGACAGCGAUUGAAUGCACGCACGCUGCCUGAAGACCGUGCUGGGACUUCCUCACCGACACCUGCUGCGACAACGGCUCCUCCUGCCUCCGCUUCUGCGCCUGCUGCUUCCACUGAACCAACAGUUGCCGGCAUGGGCAAUGCGACGAGUGCAGGGUCCGGUGAGAUGCCUGCUGGUUGGGAACAACGAUACACACCAGAGGGACGCAUGUACUACGUUGACCACAACACGCGCACUACGACUUGGGUGGAUCCACGCAGGCAGCAGUAUAUUCGCAUGUAUGGACAAAAUGCAGGUGCUAGCGGAACCGUCCUUCAGCAACCCGUCUCACAACUUGGGCCAUUGCCCUCUGGAUGGGAGAUGCGGCUCACCAACUCUGCACGGGUAUACUUUGUUGAUCACAAUACAAAGACGACGACAUGGGAUGAUCCGCGGUUGCCGUCAUCCAUGGAUCCAAAUGUGCCACAGUACAAGCGUGAUUUCAGGCGAAAGUUGAUUUACUUCCGUUCGCAGCCUGCAUUGCGACCACUCCCUGGACAGUGCCACAUCAAGGUUCGCCGCGACCACAUCUUUGAGGACUCGUAUGCCGAGAUAAUGAGGCAAUCCUCGGGUGACCUGAAGAAGCGACUCAUGAUUAAGUUUGAGGGAGAGGAUGGACUCGACUACGGCGGUUUGUCUCGCGAGUUUUUCUUUUUGCUCUCUCAUGAAAUGUUCAACCCCUUCUAUUGCUUAUUUGAGUACUCGGCCGUGGAUAACUACACACUUCAGAUGAACCCGCAUUCAGGCAUUAACCCAGAACAUCUCAACUACUUCAAAUUUAUCGGUCGAGUUUUGGGUCUUUCCAUCUUUCACCGGCGGUUCGUGGAUGCGUUUUUCGUCGUGUCGUUUUACAAGAUGAUUCUCAACAAAAAGUGUACACUUGCAGACAUGGAGUCGAUUGACGCCGAGUUCUUCCGCUCAUUGACGUGGAUGCUCGAGAACUCCAUCGAUGGUAUCUUGGACCUCACCUUCUCAACAGAAGACGACCGGUUCGGUGAAGUCGUCACGCUUGACUUGAAGCCAGAUGGACAGAGUAUUGAGGUGACAGACGAGAAUAAGAGCGAAUACGUCGAGCUCGUCACUGAAUGGCGUAUCCAGAAGCGCAUUGAAGAACAAUUCAACGCCUUCAAAGCGGGCUUCCAUGAGCUCGUGCCACAAGAACUCAUCAAUGUCUUUGAUGAGCGUGAGCUUGAGCUGCUGAUUGGUGGUAUUGCAGAUAUGGAUGUCGAUGACUGGAAGAAGCACACAGACUACCGAGGCUACACUGAAACAGACGACGUGGUGCAGUGGUUCUUCAAGCUCAUCAACACCUGGGACAAUGAAAAGCGCGCUCGUCUGUUGCAAUUUGCUACGGGAACAUCACGUAUUCCAAUCGGUGGAUUCAAGGAUUUGCAAGGUAGUGAUGGUCCAAGACGCUUUACGAUUGAAAAGUCGGGUGAAACAACACAAUUGCCCAAAGCGCAUACUUGCUUCAACCGAAUCGAUUUGCCUCCUUACUCAAGCUACGAAGAGUUGGAGAAGAAGCUGUCGUUUUCGGUGGACGAGUCGAUUGGAUUUGGUGUCGAGUGA